AUGACACAGCCAGGCAUAAGCUCGUGCACCACAACAUUAGACUCCACAUUCUGCUCCUUCAACGUCACCGCUACAUGCACCUUGCCGCUCUUCACUCCUUGUAACGCCAUGUCGCAGCAGCAGUACCAGAAGAAGAAGAAGAAGAAGAAGAAGAAGAAGAAGAAGAAGAAGAAGAAGAAGAAGAAGAAGGAGGAGGAGGAGGAGGAGGAGGAGGAGGAGGAGGAGGAGGAGGAGGAGGAGGAGGAGGAGGAGGAGGAGGAGGAGGAGGAGGAGGAGGAGGAGGAGGAGGAGGAGGAGGAGGAGGAGGAGGAGGAGGAGGAGGAGGAGGAGGAGGAGGAGGAGGAGGAGGAGGAGGAGGAGGAGGAGGAGGAGGAGGAGGAGGAGGAGGAGGAGGAGGAGGAGGAGGAGGAGGAGGAGGAGGAGGAGGAGGAGGAGGAGGAGGAGGAGGAGAAGAAGAAGAAGAAGAAGAAGAAGAAGAAGAAGAAGAAGAAGAAGAAGAAGAAGAAGAAGAAGAAGAAGAAGAAGAAGAAGAAGAAGAAGAAGAAGAAGAAGAAGAAGAAGAAGAAGAAGAAAAAAUAA